GAGCGCGGCGCGCGAUCGUGUCAUGUGACUCAAACGCUCCGGAAAACAGCAGCGGUCUCGCUUCAUGUCUCGCUCGAGAUUGCCACGUUUCUCCUGCCAAGUGCCAAAACAUUAAACUGAAGACUUGAAUAAGAUUUCUGUGGAAAAACUGAGAGGGUGCAAGAAUGGACCUGGCACAUCAUGGUCUUGUUCUUCUGAAGCGUCUAAAUGCUCAGAGGGAGUUUGGCUUCCUCUGUGACUGUACUGUGACCAUUGGAGACGUUCUUUUCAAAGCCCACAAAGCCGUCCUCGCGGCUUUUUCCAACUACUUUCGUAUGCUGUUCAUUCAUCAAGACGGUGACUGUGUUCGACUGAAGCCUUCGGAUGUACAACCAGACAUCUUUAGCUACCUGCUUAACCUGAUGUACACUGGAAAAUUUACCUCACAGCCUAUUGACCCUGUUCGUCUGGAGCAGGGUGUGAAGUUCCUGCAUGCCUACCCCUUACUACAAGAGGCGAGUCUUAUAAACCCCGAGUCCCAGUACGUACCUUUGACGAACUCGCUUUACGGCAUACAGAUUUCUGACCCAACUUGCAGUGCACAGAACAAAAAUACAGCAUGCAGAGAUGGCAAAUGUGAAAUUUUAAGCCAAGGAUGUUCAGACAUUUCUGAUAUGGAGUACAGAUCCCCACAACCCGUUGGCAUAGAGUCACCCACCCAGAACACCGCAGCUGCCGUGGUCCAACACCUCACAUAUGGAAUAAUGAGAAGAACAACAUCCUCAAGAAAGCAUUACAGAUGCAAUCACUGCGGAAUACGUUUUUCCCAGAGGUGCAAGUUAAGGGAACACCUGCUUGUCCACACCAACCAACCAAGAGAAUCACAGACAUCCUCAAUACAAAAUGACUGCGGUGUUGAAGCAGAUAGUCAGGAAAUGGAAGAGGAGCAUUUGCAUGCUGACAGUGAUUUUAUAAGCGAUACAGAUCAACACACGUGGAUGGAGGAUACGCCUCCGCCCUCUGAUAUAGCUGAUAUAGACACCAUGGAGGGCACCGACAUGGAACGUGAAAUGAAGCGCCGAAAAUUUGAGUGUCCGACCUGUGCCCGCAAGUUUAUUCAGAGGAGCCACUGGCGUGAACACAUGUAUAUUCACACAGGGAAGCCGUACAAGUGUAGCACAUGUGGGAAGAACUUCUGCAGAGCGAAUCAAGCCUCUCGACACGUUUGUUUGAGUCAGGGCACAGAUUCGUACAUUAUUGUAAACAAACAAAGUCUGGUUCUGUGUGGUGGAGAAGACAACAGUCAGGUAGAAGCUCUGUUCCUGGCUUCAGAAAGACGGUACAAAUGUAGCAUUUGUGCGGUACCUUUUGCAAGCCCAUCUGAGGUUCCAAAACAUCAGUGUUUGGUUAAAGAUGAGACGGCGCCAUUGGUAGACAAUCCACUUGGAGUGAAUGAGGCUUUAGAAACAAUUCAAGUAACAGCCCCUUCCCAAGAUAUCAUGCCAAAGCAGCAUUAGCCAGUU